GUAGUGUAAGCGGUCGCAUGGGCAGCCUGCCGGACUUGACGGAGCGGUCGCGGCCAGCAUCCGUCCGCACAGCAGCCCGCACGGUCUCUGAUCCACAUCGACACCAUGCUAUCAAACAAAUUCCUGUAAGCACAAUAUACAAGAAAGAAUGGCUCUGGAAGAAGCCAAAGUCCUCAGCCAGAGCGCCCGCAAUUCCCACAUCCUCUCGCCGCCGAGACUCCGUGGCCUCAUCCGUCGGCGCCGCUUCGGUCCGCCGGCUUAUCGCCCGCCAACCCCCCAAGAUCCCCAAGCCCGUCGUCCAACGAUUCACCUUACUCUGUGUAGCCAGUGGCCUAUGCGCAACUGCCCUGCUCCCUUUCACAGCCUUUGCAGGCGCGGAAGCAGGAGCUAUGCCGCUCGCAAUCAUGCAUGCGGUAGCAGCUUUAGUAGCACCGUUUUCCCCUUUAAUUCUUCAAAAGACUGGGACUAGAGUAGUCGUCACCGUGGCGCACGUUUUAGUCUGUAUAUUAUUAACAGCGCAUAUAGCUGCUACUCCUCUUUCUGUGUUACUUCCACUUUAUGGAGCUUGCGGUUUCGCUUUAUCACCGAUGUCGCUUGCGUUAUGUGCAUCAGCGACUACAUUAGCUCAGGCAGCGGGCGAUGAGUGUAGACGAAAGAUAGCUUUAAGGAGAGCUCUGCGGGCGCUCCGGGCGGCGCAGGAUCUAGGGCUGGUGUGUGGGUCACUGCUGCUCGGAGGGGCGCUCCUCAUCUGGCCUGAAGACAUGUCGCCGGCUCUGUUCACGGCUGUGCCUACAAACGCGACGGUGCCGGGGUGGCCGCCGCCUGAUGACUCAUAUUUUCCGGAUGAAGAAUAUGAGGAGCAAACCUGUGGAGCGGCAGGCUGCCCCGACGUGCAAUCCCUCUCCGGCACCACAAUAACCUCCGACGGCCGCCGAGCGCUCGUCGCCGUCUGGGCGCUACUCGCUCUAGUCGCCAUAGGCCUGGGCGUUUAUGGCGCCACGUCGGCGCCCGCGCCGCCGCCCGAUGCGCGGUCUAUUGUGCGCGAUCCGAGAGCGCUGCUUAGCUUCCCGAUGGGGCUGUUCAUUGGUCUUCAACAGGGGUUUAUUUAUACGUCUUAUAUUAAGUGGUAUGGCGUCUGCGUUGGCGGCUGGACGUGCGCGUGGCGUGCUCUCUGCGGCGCUGGCUGCCUCCAAGCCCUAGCAGCCGCCACGCUUAGCAUGGCUGCCGCGCGAGGCAGACGGGGCGCGCUAGCGGCUGGAGGCGCCGCGGCACACGCCUCACUGAUGCUGGCGCUUUUAAGGUGGAGAGCGGCCAGGACUGAUCUGGCGUUGCCUGCUGUCGCGGCUGCCGCGUGGGGCGCCUGUGCAGCGUUGUGGGACGUUCUACAGUCGGGAAUCUGCAUCGGCGGGCCAGGCUGGCGCGGUCCCUGGUCCCUGACGCUCGCGGCGCGUCACACCGGGCUGGCCCUAGCGUGCGCGGCGCGGGAGCUUUUAUGCGCGCGCUUCCAAAUCGUUGCGCUAGCGAGCGCGCUAGUCGCCGCGCUAGUUAGCCAAGUAGCGCUAGAGCUGCGACUGCGGCCCAGUGAGGCGCAAAGACACAGGUCAUAGCGAAGGGCCACCAUGACGACAAACACGACCUCGUUCAUCGCGACUUCAGAGGACGUCGAUGUACACGUCAUCAGUUAGCCGCGAACGCGUGACGUCACUCGUGACGUCGCUAGUGUGGAUAGCAGGAUAUCUGUGAAGAAAGUUGUGAGUU